AUGGCCGCCAUUCCAGCUUUGAACCCUCUUAAGAUUCCAACCACCACAAAUGGAGAAACAUUUGAGGGUUUUAAAAGGGGAUAUGACCAUGACCAUGACCAUGACCAACCACUGAGUCCUAUGGCUCGAUUGUUUCAUGAGCCUGGUUCUAAUGUCUAUAUUGUUGGCAUCAUAGGUUUAAAAACAAAAAUCAAACCUGAUAUUUUCAAACAUAAUUUGGUUCAUACUCUUCUUAGAAAUCCCCGGUUUUCUAGCUUGCAGGGAAAGGACAAGGAAACGGGGAGCAUGAAAUGGAUUCCAACGCACGUAAACAUCGAUGAUCAUGUCAUUAUCGCGAAACUUGAUCCUAACAUGGAGUCAUCUGAAAAAUUUGUUGAAGAUUUCAUCUCUAAUCUUAGCAGAUCUCCUAUAGAAAGCACAAAACCCUUGUGGGAUCUCCAUAUCCUCGAUAUAAAAACUUCAGAAACGGAAGGCACAUGUGUCUUUCGCUUCCAUCACUCUCUUGGUGACGGAAUGUCUUUGAUGAAUCUUUUACUUGCAUGUGCAAGCAAAGCCUCAGAUCCUGAGGCUAUGCUUCCAGGGAAUACCAAGAAGUCAGGUGCUACCAAAGUUUCAAGCCUCUGGUCAAGACUCAGUGUUCUUUGGAACUCUUUUGUUGCUCUUGUGAUGUUUGUGUCGACAGCUUUGUUUCUAGAAGACACAAAAACACCUAUGAAAGGCUCGAUAGGUGUGGAGCAUAGGCCUCGGCGUUUUGUGAUUAAAAGUGUUAGCCUUGAUGAUAUUAAGUUGGUUAAAAACGCUAUGAAUGUGAAAGUAAAUGAUGUGGUACUUGGAGUCACACAAGCUGGAUUAUAUCGCUACCUACAUCGGAGAUACUGUGAGAGAGAUACUGAAUAUACAAAUAUUCCUGAAAACAUUCGCCUUCGUUCAACCUUGUUCUUCAACCUUCGACCCACUACUGAGAUUGAAGAUGUCACGGAUACAAGUAAGCAUGGAACAUGGGGAAACAAGAUAGGUUAUGCAUUAUAUUCUUUCAAAAUCGGUUUGAAAAAAGACCCUCUAGAUUAUGUAAGAGAUGCAAAGGCUGUCAUGGAUCGCAAGAAAGCUUCUUUGGAGCCCUUGUUCACUUAUUUCUUUGUUAACUUAAUCCUUAAGUUGUUUGGCAUCAAGGUUGCAGGAAAAUUGAAUUAUAAAGUUUUCUAUAACACGACAUUAUGGUUCUCUAAUGUUCCUGGACCGCAAGAGAAAAUCUGGCUUUUUGGACAUGAAGUAGCAUACAUUGCUCCUAGUUGUUACGGCCAACCAAAUGCACUCAUGAUUCAUGUGGUGAGUUACAUGGACAAAUUAACAUUUGUGUUAUCCGCGGAUGAAGAAACAAUCCCAAACCCUCACCAGCUAUCUCAUGAUCUUCAAGAAUCCCUACGCAUCAUCAAAGCUUCUCUAUAUUAAAGCCACACAA